GAAGUCGUAAAAGAGCUAACUAGUGUUUUGCUUUUUUACUCUAGCUCCCUUAGUGUGGAUAGAUCAAGGUAUUUGAAAUCUGUAAUAUCAUGUACAAAUUAAAAUACUUAGUUUUUAUAACUACGUGUUUCGCUGGUGUAUACUCAGCGUCAUUUGUGAAUAAAUGUAAGUCAGGCGAUUCAAAAUGCGUCAAAGAAUCUGCUGCUAUUCUGAUACCAAGAUUUGGUGAUGGUAUACCAGAACUCGGAAUCGAGCCCGUAGAUCCACUUUUCAUUAAGAUGUCUGACGCCAGUUCACCGAAUUUGAAACUUAUUCUAACAGAUUAUACACUUUCUGGAUUGAAAAGUUGCAUCCCGAAGAAAGUUAAAUAUGAUAAAUCCAAGUCUAAAAUAUUCUUGAAAAUAUUGUGCUCAGCUCAGCUUGAAGGCAGCUACGAGAUAAAGGGUCAACUUUUGAUCCUUCCUUUGGAGGGUAGAGGGCCAAUACAUGUUACUAUAAAUAAAGCUGAGAUAAGUGUUGAAGCUGACUUGAACGAAAUUGAAAAGGAUGGUGUUAAAUACUGGAAUAUCAAGGACUAUAAACAGGGCUAUGAACUGAAAGAUAAGAGCGUAGUUGUAUUCGAUAACCUUUUCGGUGGUAACGAUGUUCUUGCUUCCGCGGCUAAGGAGGUCAUUGCACAGAGUGGAAACGAAAUCAUCUUAGAGGUCGGUUCUCCCAUCAUUGCUGACUUUGUUAAGGGUGUCGUCAGUGUCGUCAACAAGAUGUUCCACAGCAUCCCUAUUUCCGAACUAAUUUAUGAUUAAUGAUAUAUUACGUGAUAUAGGUACAGGUAGUAAGGGCAAAAUAAAUUGUUUAUUUUUUUAUUCGUUUUCCUA